UUUUUUUAAAAAAAUAUUUAGAAUGCAUUUAAACAGUUCAUUCAGGAAAAUGGGAAAGACAUUAUGACGUGUACCUUAGUUUAUAAUGUGUAUAUUUUAAAUUCUUUUACAUGUGAGGAUAUUGGAAGCAGCCCUGUCUCUGUGGAUCAAUGCGCGUCGCAGGGCUUAGGAUUUUCUCAGACCUUCCCGUUAUUUACUAAACACACUCUGGCUGUGCCGUUUCCUAUUUGAUUCUGAUGUUUAUAGCGCCCUUUACAGAGGUAGAAAUGACUCUUUCACGAAUGCCGGCGGGGGGCCGCGUCCCACAGCCGUUUCCAUGGCGUCGGUCCGUCCGCCAACAGAACAGAACAGAACUGAGCUUCAGUUUCACUGCGGCGACGCGCUCCUACAAGGCGACCCUGCGUCUGCGCUGUUUCAGAUGAAACAAGUUCAUUGGCACUUUUAAAUAUAUGUAAAUAUGUCAUUUAUAUGGAAAUUUGUGCGCUGUAAAACAAAUACAUUUUUAGUUAAUAGAAGAUAAAAAUAAUGCUAAAGUAUCAUGAAAAUCGCACGGAGAUAAAAUUUAAUGACGUCCCAGACACACUCAAGUCCGAACUUUAAUAACCAGAGAAUUUUUAUUUCUGUUUGACGUUUCCUCUGUUGCACGGCAUUGAUCAUCUUGUAAGAAUGUCACUAAUGUCCCCGAUCGUUUUUUUUAAUCCUAAAAAUUUAAUAGUUGCAAUAUGAAGUAGAUGUUUGCGGAAAAUAUCUGUGAUUCCACCUGCGUGCUAGUGAAAAAGAACAAUUCGAUUUUGCAUGUUUUAGAUAUCUAGGCUGUAAAUUUAUCUUUAUUAAAUCAAAUUAACCUUAAAAAGUCCAAUGUUUGGGCCAAUAUCUCAAGACCUUCCUUGAAGGACUGCUGUAUUGUAAAUAAAAGGCUCAGGUGCCUUAAUGCCUUUUAGGACAUCACGUUGGUGAUCUUAACCUGAAUUUUUAAAAAAACCGAAUUAAUAUGACGUAUUCGCGACUUCUUCUGAUUAAUAUUAAUUAGUAACUGUUUUCUCGGUACUUUGUGUUCCCCACCUGCGAGACUGUCAAUCCCCCGUGGAGACGGGCCACUGCGAUAGGCUCCCCGUCAAUGGGACAGUGAGGGUGCGUUGACCCCCCCCCCCAUAAAAACCCGAAAUGACCACAAUCUGACCAGUCAUCACAACCCGAGCGCAACUCGUUACUCGGUGAGGACAAGGGCCUACAGCUUCUUCACCUCGCCUUCUUUCUUUUUUUCUUUUAUCCUUAACUGUCGCUUUUACAAAGUACUGUGUGAUUAUGACCUUAUCCAAGGGUUAUCAAGUCGUCCAACAGCGAGCAGCAGAGUCGCCCGAAGAGGAGGAAAUAGACAUUGUCGGGGAGGACGAGCAGCACACGGCGGAGGUGUCCGCAGAGCCCGGCUCAGGAGCGGACCUUUGCGAAGCCCAUCGCUCUGCGGAGGAGGGUGAGGCCCCUGUGUGUGUGUCGGGCAGACUGUGUAAAAACGCGGUGAAGCCGCCGUACUCGUACAUCGCGCUCAUCACCAUGGCCAUCCUGCAGAGCCCACAGAAGAAACUGACCCUCAGCGGCAUCUGCGACUUCAUCAGCAGCAAAUUCCCUUAUUACCGCGAGAAGUUCCCCGCGUGGCAGAACUCCAUCCGACACAACCUGUCCCUCAACGACUGCUUCGUGAAGAUCCCCAGGGAGCCCGGCAACCCGGGCAAAGGCAACUACUGGUCCCUGGACCCCGCCUCCGAGGACAUGUUCGACAACGGCAGCUUUCUCCGCAGAAGGAAGCGCUUCAAAAGGAGUCAGGCCGACUGUGGCAAAGACGCGUUCAUGUUCUACCCGAGUGUGAGCUGCUUCCCGCCGUACGGCCCAGCAGCUUACUGUGCGCAGGGUGCGAGCUGCCUGCCCUUCCAGGAAGGGGCUGUGAUCCCCCCUUCCGCCUCUUUUCAGCAUCACGCCGGGCUGCGGAGCUGCAAGGCCUCGGGGCCCAAGAGCUUCCAGGUGCAGCUGUACGGCGGCCCACCGGUGCCCCGCGCUACCGCGCGCGCUCCGCGCGACAAAUGUUCCUUCAGUAUCGACAGCAUCAUGGGAGUGCAGUCCUCCAGCGCGCAGAGCCAGAGUGAGAGCCUCGAGGCUCCGACCACCUACUUCGUACAGAGCAUGUUCUCCGCUCCCGGAAUUCCCUUCAGCGCGACUCCCUUCAUGUCGAAGCCUCCCAGCGGGGGUUCCACCCAUCAGAGCCCCUAGAGCUGACAGGGACUCUGUGUGUGUGUGUGUGUGUGUGUGUGUGUGUGUGUGUGUGCGCGCGUGCUCGUGUGCUCGUUAUUGACCAGAGAAGUACCGGCGACACGCGCUACAUGAAUG